UGGGCUUCGAUUGGAUAUGCUGUUACGUCCACUAGUAAGACUGAGGACCAUUUAUCGUUUCCCUUGCAUCUCCUCUCUCUGUCGAAGAAGAAAACAACAGAGCCGCCAUCACUUACCAGAAAUUGAGAAGUACUGAUACUGAAGCAGAAAGUCUGUACGGUAAGUUAAAAACGAAAUGAGUUCUUCGUUGCACAUUUAUUCGAACACUUCAAUUUCCCAGUCACUUAAUCUCCGCCGUUCAUUCAAUCGAGAGAGUCUAGAAAGGCGACUAGUGGUAAAAUUCAACGGUCGGAAGCCAAUCGCCGCCUCAUGUCUUAACGUGGACGUGAAAGCGCCGGACAGUGCCGGAAAAAUCGGGGUGUUGAGGGAGAGCAAGGAGGUGAUAGAGGCGGAGGGAAGGGUUAUGGUCGGGACUUACGCGAGAGCACCGGUGGUUUUGGCUAGUGGCAAAGGUUGCAAAUUAUAUGAUGUUGAAGGGCGGGAGUAUUUAGACUUAACUUCAGGGAUUGCUGUGAAUGCGUUGGGGCAUUCUGAUCCUGAUUGGGUAAAGACCGUUGUUGAGCAGGCUAAUGUGUUGACCCAUGUCAGUAAUGUCUAUUACUCCAUUCCUCAGGUGGACCUUGCUAGGCGUCUAGUAGCUUGCUCUUUUGCUGACCGUGUGUUUUUUACAAAUUCUGGAACUGAAGCAAAUGAAGCAGCUAUCAAAUUUGCUAGGAAGUACCAGAGACACUCAAACUCUAAAGUUGCAGAGCCAGCCACAGAAUUCAUAUCCUUCUCCAAUAGUUUCCAUGGGAGGACCAUGGGUGCACUUGCCCUGACAAGCAAAAAACAAUAUAGAUCACCUUUUGAGCCUCUGAUGCCAGGGAUCACUUUUUCAGAGUAUGGCAAUAUAGAUGCGGCAAGAGAAUUAAUUCGAAAAGGGAAAACUGCUGCAGUUUUUGUUGAACCUCUCCAGGGUGAAGGUGGCAUCUAUAGUGCAACAAAGGAAUUUUUAGAGUUUUUGCGGGUUGCUUGUGAUGAUGCUGGGGCUCUCCUGGUCUUUGAUGAGGUGCAAUGCGGUUUAGGCAGAACUGGAUAUCUGUGGGCCCAUGAAGCAUAUGGUGUCUUUCCAGAUAUAAUGACACUUGCCAAACCACUUGCUGGAGGCUUACCUAUUGGAGCCACAUUGGUGACUGAAAGAGUUGCUUCGGCUAUAAAUUUUGGUGAUCAUGGAAGUACUUUUGCUGGUGGACCUCUUGUCUGUAAUGCUGCCCUUACCGUUCUAGAGAAGAUCUCGAAUCCAGCUUUCUUGACCAGUGUGUCUAAGAAAGGGCUGCACUUCAAAGAAAUUUUAAAGCAGAAGCUAGGUGGAAACUCACAUGUGAAAGAAAUUCGAGGACUAGGACUGAUUAUUGGGAUUGAAUUGGAUCUACCAGCCUCACCACUUGUGGAUGCAUGCCGAAAUUCUGGCCUUCUGGUGUUAACUGCUGGAAAAGGAAAUGUUGUGAGACUUGUGCCACCUUUGACCAUAACAGAGCAGGAACUUGAUCUUGCAGCAGAGCUUCUGCAAAAUUCAUUGCCAGCGCUGGAUGAGACAGGUCCAAAACAGGAGGAGGAGAAAAUUUAACCCGUAAGAUGCAGGUAGAAAUCUUUCACAUUUUGUAAGAUUGAUUUGUUGGUGUUGUACCUAUUGCAUAAUCAAAACGCUAUAUUGUAGUUCUGUGUCCUCCCACUUCUCUCUUAAUAAUUGGAUUAUAAGGUGAAAUGCUCUCUCAA